AUGAGGAGAUUUGAGGAGGAAGGCGACUACGUGGACGAGGAGCUGCAGCAGACUAUGCAAGGCAUGCGAGACCGGCUCAGCAACAUCAAGCGGAGGGAGGAGCUAGAGAUCUCCGCCCUUUCCCGGCAGCUCCAUGCUCGUCCUGCCGACAAGGUCGCCGUCGAACUGCUCGAUGCGCGUCUGCGGAUCGUCGAGCAGAAGCGUGAGCUGUUCGAGAGCACGCGACAGACGCUCGAGGGCAUGAUCCGCAACCCGGCGGUAGAGGACCCGCAGCACCGUGCUCCGCCGGAGGCGACGACGUCGCUGAGCCUUCAAGACAUCCACAGCAUGUGCGAUAAAGCUUUUCUCACCUCCCUGAAGGCGAGGAUUAGCAGGAUCGCCAGCGGCGAAGAGCGCGAGGAGGCCCGAGCAGAGGCUCCCAGUGACCAGGAGGAGAUCGCAAGGACCUCCAAGCCCUGUACCAAGUGCGGGUAUCGCAUCGUCAAGACGGGAGGAUGCGACCACAUGACGUGCAGGAAGUGCCGGCACGAGUUCUGCUGGAGGUGCCUCAAACCAACGAUCGACCACUUCCACAGCAGCUGUCAGGGGAAGCCAGACCUGCUGUCGUUCUCUGAGGAGCUACAGCCUGCCAUCAAGGACGUCAUCGACAAGUACCGCGGAGUCGAGUCGCCUAUCGAGAGCAGCCUAGUCGAGUACGCGCACAGGCACUUGGCUCCCGGCCAGCCUGUCGACGAGGACAGGAAGAGAGCGGACUCGCAGCGGAUCUCCGCAAUGCUGGAGCGGCGCGAGCCCUUCAUGCUCAGAUACUUCGACCCCCGCGAGGUCAGACGCAGAGCGGAGAUGAGGAGACUGCAGGAUAUGCAGCGGGAGGUUGAGCAAGAGAGGAUCGCCUGCUCCUUUGUGCUCCGUCAAGUCCGCGACAGCAGUCGCAGCCCCAUCAGCAAGGACGCAGCCCUCCGAGUCUGCUCGGACCCCUCCAAGCAGUACCUCAAGUACCGGGCCGCCAAGCGCAGCCUCUUGGACGCGCAGGAGAAGAUGAGGAGGGAGACACGUGAAGCCCCGGCUGACUACGUCGAGCGUCAGCGCCGCAUGAUCGACUGUCAGUGCCACGUCAUCGACGUGG